CCGCGUAUGAAGCAACAACGUGAUUUGGAAUAACGGGAAAAUUGCUCCAAAUUUUGCUCUGUUCUCCCCAAAAUAAAAAUUUGUUGAAAAUUCGUAUUUGUUGUAAAGAAAAUGAGAAUGAAAGUGAGAGCGCAGAGAAGCAACAGUUGUUGAGUUGAUUCUUGGAUGUUUGUUUGCAAAAGAAGAAGAAGAAGAAGCCCUCUUACACUGAAGUGAGGCGAAUUGUUGUUAAGUGUGUGCGUGAGUGCGUGAUUUACAGGCUAUUCCUUUUGGUGAGGAAAAUCGGGCCACAUGAAUGUAGAUCACUGUUGAGUGCGUGUGUUGUCGGCUCGACUCCUCUCAUUUGGGGAUCAGUGGCCAUAGUAAAAUAUCGUGUGGCCGUGUAAAGACGGUCGUUGUCGGUAUUCUUGCUUGGGAUUGUUGCGUUACGCCGUUGUGUUGUGUGGAAGCAAAGCAAAGAAAAAAAUAAUUCUAAUUGGAAACCAGGCAGAUAGGCCUUAAAAUAUAUCGGAAAAAAGAAGAAGAAAAAAAAAUUGUGAAAAUUAUGUGACGUUAUAAAGAACUAAUCGAGCGUAACGGAGUUCAAAGAAAAAUGUGAAAAAAACCCAAGAACAACAAAAACGGAAGAAAUAAAUUUAUGCUUGAAAUCGAAAUAAAUGAUAGCUCGCGGGUCGUUUGAAUAUUGAAAGUGAAAACGGUUUCCUUGAUGGUUUUGUGUUGUGGCGACCAAAAUACGCUGAGUGAACAUCGAAACGACAUAGUUUUUCUUUUUUGGUUUUGUGAAAAUCCAAGAAAAACAAAACACUAAUGAAUCCCCCAAUAUUGGAUACGCUGACCUAAGUCAUUCGUGUAGCGGUCUACGCAAUUUUUUUCACUUUAACAUUUUCAAGUUUUAUGGUUGAUUCAUUUUCACUUUUCGAAUCGAGAAAAGUUUUUGUUUUUCGAUUUUCUGUGGGCUGGCUGUAACGGUGGCGGCCAAAAUUACGAAAAACGUGUGCCAAAGUUUGUUUUUGUUUUUAGCUUUUUUUUCUUCUUCUUCAACAAAUGAGUGACGUCGUAAGUGUGUUUUGUGUCGUCUUGGUUGUCGUCGUCGCCGCGAAUCGCUGAGUUCAUUUGAAUUGUCUGGUGAAUUUCGUGCAAGAAGGGGGAAAUUUAUCCCCCUUUGCUAUAUAACCUAUAAAAAAAUAGCAUCGUUGUCUGACAGAAUAUUCUUGCACCACAGCAUGACAAAGAUAGCCAGCCAGCAAACAGACAAAAAAACAACAACUAUAACAACAAUAACGUGAAAAAUAUAUAUUUAAAAAUAAAUGCAGUUUUGAAGAAGAGCCACCAAACAUCAUCAGAAAAUAGCAAAAACACCAACAAAAAAUAAAGCAAAGAAGAAGCAGAAAAUUCACAACAACAACAAAAAUCAUUGAAAAGUUCUUUUCUCUAUUCGGAUAAAUUUCGUAUUCUAUGAAAUGUAAACAAUUUCUCGUAUUGGUCUAAAAUCCAAAAAAAAACCGAAAUAAAUUUAUAAAUAUUUUAUUAAAAAUAAAUAAAACAAAGUAAACAAAAGAAGUUGAUUUCAACAAAACAAAAAGUGCCUAAACAAAAUGUUGUGCUUACAAAUGUGAGAAAUUUCUAAAAUUUCAAAAAAAAAAUAUUUUGAGUGUUGAAAAAAAUUUUGGCAUUUGAAUUGCAAAAAAUAAGAAAAAUCGGAUAUCCAAUAAAAAGAAAACCCUAAUUUCAAAAUGAAGCUGUGGAAAACCAAAAAACCCAUUAGCUGUGUUUCCGGCCGCAGUGGCCCCCUGAAAAAUGAUGACAAACAUGAUGCGGUUGGGAAUGGGGCAAUGCAGUUGGCUCCCAUGUUGUCGGUUGAUCGUGCCAUGAGUCCAGCUCAAUCGGAAGAUUCGGGAUUGGCACCCGAAAGAGGCACCACAUAUGCCACCAUAACAUUGCCACGUGAUAAUACAACAAACAUGGGAAUAACAUUAGCUGAACGCAACGACCUUUCGUAUCCACCUGUUAUUGCUGCCCUAAGUCCAUUGGGUCAUGCUGCCGAUUUCCUAGCACCUGGAGAUCGUCUCCACCAAAUCGAUGGCAUCUCAACAAUUGGGUUAACAAAUCAACACAUUAUGAGCAUGCUGUGCGGCGGUGGCUCAGCAGAUGGUCCUGCCGUCGUUGAAAUUGAAUAUUCCCUGCCAGAGUACAUUUCCCAAAAUAGCCUUUGUGUAACAUCGAAGUUGGCUCAAAUAACAGUGGAACGUGAAAGCGGCUGCCUGGGCCUGACACUGAGAGGAGGUGCUGAUUAUCCCUUGAUUGUGACACAUGUACGGCCACAUGGACCGGUAUACAAGACGGGCAGGAUUAAACCCGGAGAUCGACUGCUAAGGGUGGAUAAUGUUUCUCUCAUUGGCAAAACAUUGGCCGAAGCGCAACAGAUCAUCAAAUGUGGUGGUCACAUUUCGGGUUAUACAAAUCUAACCAUUGAAUACGAUGUGUCGGUGGUGCAAAGUGUUGAAUUCUCUAUGGGACCUCUGUUAAUCGAGAUCGAACGUCCCAUGAACGACAAAUUGGGUUUGGUGUUGUGUAAUUAUAAUUCAGCCGCAGCCGGUCUGGCGGAUCACACGAAAAUCGAUGAAGUUAGUCAGGCGGGUGUCUAUAUUGCCAGUAUUUUGCCAGCGAGCAUUGCUGAUCGAUGCGGUGCUCUUUCCGUUGGCGAUCAAGUACUUUCCAUUGAUGAUAUUAGUAUUGAAAAUUCAUCGUAUACACCGGAUGAGGUUAUGACAAUUUUGGAUACCAGUUCUGGACGCGGUUAUACCCAAAUGCAAAUAAUGCCUGCCCAUGCAUUGGCACGAAGAGGUCAUGCCGCCUUGAACAGUCCAAAAUAUGGUUUCAACACUUUAGAAUCACGGAAAUCUCGUCAGCGUCAACGUUUUACGCGUAAAAGUUCUUUGCCAUUGGAAACAACAACAACAACAACGGGUGGAGGCGUUGGCGGCUGCGGAGGAGGAGGUGGUGGUGGGACAAACUCAAACAGUGCAGCAAGUGCGGCCGGCAGCAGUGUCAGCGGUCCCAGUAGCAGCAGUGUCAGCGGCAGCAGUUUGGGGGCCAGUGCCACAACCAGCAACAGCAGCACAACUUCCGGUCUACAUCAUUCGUCCAGCAUGGGCAUCUGUAGGGCGGAAACAUUUCCGGUUCUGUUGGACUGCAGCAUGGGUUCCGGCCUCGUUUUGGGCACACAAACCGCCUGUGGCCGGGCGGUAAACAUUUCGAAAAUCAUACCCGACUCCGUGGCCGAUCGUUGUGGCUGCAUCCAGAAGGGAGAUCGCAUUGUGGCCAUAAACAAAAUGUACAACCUGGAUGUCCAGACAAUGCGCCAGCUAUUGGGUGACUUGGGUUCCAGGCCACCACACAGUCCAGCCAAUUGGCUGGAGCUGGAAAUUGAAUUUGAUAUGCCGGAUACAGUAGUGCCCUCAAGUGGGGUAUUCAAUGUCAAAGUAUUACGCCUGGGUAAGGCCGGUCUGGGUCUAAGCAUCAAUGGUUCUAGUCAUGGUGGUUUUGUCAUAUCCGAUGUGAAACCUGGCAGUCCUGCCCAUCGCACAGGUUCCCUAAGAUCCGGUGAUAUACUCCUGGCCGUUGACAAUCAUCCAGUACAACAUUUCAAUGUGGAUUCUCUGCUGAAGGAUGGUUCCCAUGGUGAUUUUUCCACGCUGACCGUAAAGCGGGUUAUGUUACCCGACUUCCUUUUCGAUGCCCAACAGAAAAUGCCCAGCACCCACAUUUACAGUAAUUGUCCCAGUAGCCCCACGACGGAUCAUGACCUCUACAGCAGUGCCUAUGUGGCGAAUAAAUAUGCCGAAAUGAAAUACCAAACGGAUUGCCUCUCAAUGAAAUCGAGUACACCACAACCGGAAUAUUUUCGAGGUCCCACCCUAGAGGAUAACACAAUGACAUCGGUACAGAUACGCCAUCAUUUGACGGCACCCAAUUGGGGUACCAUGGGUCGUUCGUUUAAUCAAAAUACUCAAAGUCUGACCACCGAGUUGCCGGAUGAUGAAAAUUCCUACAAUGAAUUCGCUGGUUACGAUUUGGAUAGAUAUGCCAGUGCGGACUGUACUAACCUGCCUCCACCAAUGGAGAAUAAAGUUUAUGGUUCAGCGGCUAGUUCCAGCAGUAAAAGCAGCGGCACCAGUUUACAUCAGAUUAUUUUCACCGUUCGCCUUGAACCCAAGGGUGGUCUGUUGGGCAUAACUUUGGCUGGCAGUGAGGAUAUUUCGAAGCCCAUAACUAUUAGCGGCAUUGUUGAAGGUGGCAUUGCACACAAAAAUGGACAAAUCCUAGUUGGUGAUCAACUGCUUGCAAUUAACGCCGAAUCGGUGCAAGGUAUGCCACUAUCACAUGCCACAAAUCUAUUGCAGAAUCUCGGUGAUAUUGUAGAUUUGAAAAUUCUACGGGCUCAUGAUGUUCAAAACAAUUAUGGCCCGACGUUGGAAACGAACAAUUUGCCACAGCCACAAGCCAUCUAUGCCAAGGUGCAGCGAAGACCCAGAAGUCCAUCAACAAAUACCGACAAUGGUUCCAAUAGCGGUUCGAGCAGUGGUGGUGGCAAAACUGAAAAACAAAGAAUAUUCCAUGUUACCCUCUUCAAGGAUAAAGUAUACGACGACUAUGGGUUCUCGGUCUCAGAUGGUCUCUACGAGAGGGGUGUAUUUAUAAAUCGUAUACGAUCGGGUGGACCAGCAGACAAGUGUGGCAUGUUAAAGCCAUUCGAUAGAAUUAUGCAGGUCAAUGAAAUGAAAACCCAGGAUUUUGAUUGUUGUCUCACCGUGCCAUUGAUAGCUGCUGCCGGCGAUAAAAUUGAAAUGAUCAUCCAAAGAACGGAAUAGAGUUUAACUGCCAGCUAGCCAGCAGUAGUGCCUUUUUUGCGAAUAGAUUUUAAGUGGACGUUUUUACACUUAUUAUUAUUACUACCACUACAUAUACAUGUAUACUAUUUUUACACAUACAUACGUAUAUAGAGAUAGAGUUUAAGAUGAAUCCAAAAAAAAAAAAAUGAAUAUAAUAAUUAUGUAGUUUUUAAGAAUAACCUGGACUAUCCGACGACCCUUUACUCAAAGGAGGAAAAUAUAUUCUAAGCCAAAUUUGAAAAUA